AUGGAGGAGGCUGCUACGCGGCAGCAUGCCCACGCCAACACGGUGUACCAUUGCUUGUACGCGUACUACAAGCUUGGCUACUCGAAGAAACACCUCGCGUAUAUCUUCAACAAGUCGGAACGGACCAUUCGCAACUGGGUGAAUGAAUGUCUAUCAGAAUACUGGAACCUUCCAGCGCGUCAAUCCCGCUAA